AAAAUUUUUCACUGCCAUGAGAUUCGUACGUGCGUACUCAGUGAAGUCAUUACCGUUUGAGGCCAAGCCGGUCAACAAGUUCAAUCCGGUGAAGUCGGCUUAUAACUUCAGACCAAAAACCCCCACAAACGGUCUUGUUUAUGCCCCUCCAGCGUCCCUCACAUCUGUCAAACAAACUCCCAACGCUUUCCUCCCACAAUCUGAUCCCAGAAAGAAUUUGGGAGUGCAGAAAACAUACACUGAAGGCGAAGUCAACGAUAUGCCUGUGAUAUAUGGCACCACUAAGUCUUACCAUGUGAGUCAGGAAACUGCUCUUGAAAUCUUGAAUUUGAGAACCUCCGAUCCAAGUCAGUGGACCAUUUCCAAGCUUUGCAAAAAAUACAAUGUCAACCCCCAUUUCAUCAUAAACUUGACCAAGGAUUUCAAACCCAAGGCCCGCGAAGCCGAGAAUCCUCAGUUGUCGAAGAGACAAUUGGACCAAAAGAAGAGAGUGCAGAUGUGGUUAAGAAAUGAGUUUUAACGAGUCGUCAUUACAUACUACUGUAAAUAGUUUUCCAUAAUAGUAUACACAUUAUUUUAC